UACAUUUACUCUAGAUGAAUAUCCUAAAUUACAACUGGUCUCCUAGCAUAUUAAAUUAUAAUUUAUGAGUAUAAUUAUUCUCAUAGAAAAGGAAUGUUCUUAUUGUUCAAAUAAAUUAUGUUAUCAUUAUGUUAUAUUGAAGUUAAAGACUCUCAUUUCAGGUAAAACUUGAAGUGACGGGAAAGAAGACAAAAGUGCCACAUUUAUAUCUGGAAAUGAAGUUGGAAAAAUCUUGAGGGAGAUACAAGAAGUGGAAAAGGGAAGGAUUGUCUGAAGCACGAAUUUGCAAUGACAGAAGUUCGAGGAGCCACUUUGAUAUUGUAUGAUAAUCUUGGACGCUCAGACUGUUGGUGGAAGGCUGAUGCUUGUCGACAUGGCGGGAUCAGAGAAUAUAGAACAAGCUGGUCAUGUUGGCUUAGAAGCCAAAAUGCAGGAGUCUUUUAAGGACAACAAGUCAAAGAUGUUGAUGAUCUUGUGUGCAAGUCCAGAACUGAAAGAGACCACACACAAAACAAUAUCUACACUCAAAUAUGGAGCAAAGGAGAAAUGCAUUGUUAGUGGUCCACAUGCCCCUGUCAAAGAUAAGAUCAAUGGCAAUGAUUUGCUUCUUCUGUAUUAUAGGAUCCAGAAUAACAAAAAUUGAUCAGUUAAUUAUGAAGCUAACAAUGGAGAACAAGCAGAGAGAGUAAGAAGUUUCUUCAGAAAAAAGAGGAAGAUGUUUCACAGUUGGGGGCAAAGUUCCAGCAUGUGAGAGGAGAAAGAGUCUUUCAAAAAGAACAUGCAACCUUCACUAAAGUACUUGUACUUGUAUACUUUUAGCAAACAUCAUAAGAUUAUAUUACAUGGGCAUUUAAUAGAACUAUUACUUGCAUUAGUUACUUUCUAAAUGAAAACUAGAAUUACUUUAACCAAUUAAAAUUGAGAUACUUUAGCUAAAAUAAAUAAGCUAUUAAUUUCACUUAUUGGAUUUGGCUAUGU